AUGGUGUCUGCUGUGGCUAAUUCGUACGAGAAUACGGUAAGUUUUUUCGGAAUAGGGAAGUGACACUGAACAUUCACCCGCAAAUGAAUGUUUGAACUUUUUUAUUUUGUCUUAGCUGUUAAUUUAAUAAUCUUCCUGCAUUUGGCAAAAUCUCAUAACUGGACGUUAAUAUAAAAAAGACAUACUUUUGGUGGAAUCAUGAAUUUUUGUCACUUGUACCUUAUUUGUUUUUUUCUUUAAAUGAUAUGCAGUGAAAACGCUUUGAUUGAUUUAGAAUCUGAAAUACUUGAUAUGUGUUGUAUUUGGUAAAAUAAACUACUCCAGUUAUGUCUAAAACGUCUUUUACCUUGUUUAGAUCGAUUAAUAUUCUACUUUAAUUUUCCAAAAUGACCAGUUAUUGAAAAAAAAACAAGUCAGUUUACCUUUUUGGUGAUGCUACAGUGAAAUUUCCGUUCCUUAAUGAUUAAAUCUCUGUAAAAACCAACUAAUAAAACCUUGAGCUUAUUUAUAUUUUGGUUACACCUUUAGAGCUUCACCAGCCCAUUAAUACUCAAGGAUAUUGAAGACAAAAUAAGAAACAUUGUUAAUUCCAGAAAAGUUAGAUUGACAGAGUACUUCAAGGAUUUUGAUCGCCUAAGAACUGGCUUCAUAACAAGUAAGUUUUUCUCGGUUUGUUCACUUUGACAUGCAUUAUUACGCACUCAUGGUCACCAUUUUAAACUGAUAUUUAGGAAAUACAUACCUCACACUAACCAAGUGUGAGGUCUGUAAGUAAUUUACGGACUGUGCUAUUUCAUCUUGGAUUUAAGGCCCAAGCACAAUGUGCACAGGCCCUAGAAACAAAGUAAAAAGAGGUUCUGUAACUUAAAUUUCAGCAUAGACCCUUGACCUUUUAACUCCCAGAUCAAAUUUGUAAUUCUCUUUACUAUCAAACAUACAAUUCUUACAAUGUUAGUUCAGAGAAUUUAGUAUUGGAUCAACUAAUUAUCCCCAAAUUGAUAUUGAAAAACAAAAAAAACAAAAAAAAUUAUGGUCAACAAAAUUGACCAAUUGUAGGGCACAUGCUAACUGAGAGAUAUAAUAAUGACAAAGAUUUGCUAUUGAAUAGCCUUUAAACAUAUUUUUGCUUUACCACAGAGUCUCAAUUUGACCGCUGCUUGGAUCAGUUGUUUGGUAUUGUGCUAAGUCCAGAAGAUGAUGCAAAGUUGAUGGAAAAAUAUGGCAGCCCUGAGGCUAAACGUAAAGGUUUGGUGAACUACCGACAUUUUUGUGAGGUCAUUGGAGCAGGUGAGUUGUCUGACAAUUAGGUUAGUCUGUCUUAGGUAGUUAACCCUUUAAUCACUAGGAGUGACUAAAAUCUAAAUUCUCCUUACAUUAUCACCCCUGAAUCACUCAUCAAGGUUUCAAGAAUAAAAUAAAUGAUCACCAACUAAAGAAGCUCUUGAUUGUUAAACAAAUUCUCCCUUUCUGCACCAAAGGAAAUAUAUAGAGAAUAGUAUGGAGAAUAUGCAUACUGAUGUUAGGGUGUAAAGGGUUAAGUACAUUACAUGAAAAAAAUAUGCGAGCUCCGCUUUUAGGCUUGGCUAAAUCUAUAUAUUACAUGAAAAACAUAAAGAUAUAAGCACAAAGUAUAAGAAUCUAUAUUUUGUCUACAGUGUUUGAUCCUGACAUUUUAAAUGAAGAUCCAGCCACACAACAGAUUGGUCCUGCAGCAAGGUAACAAAAAAAAUCUAAAACUCAUCAUUAUAGCUCUCUAUACACUAAUUUAUACAGGUACAAGAAUUAGUCCUGAAAGUAUGUUCUCUCCAUGAAUAUUUCAAAUUUUAGUAAUAACUUUUUCAACAUAUAGACAAUAUUUGGAAGACUGGCAGUUUUUCAAACCGUUUUUUGUUCAAGACUCCUGCAGUCUUAUAUAACAUCAAACUUCUACCCCUCCCUCUCCUCCCAAGAUACAAUUGUAAAUUCUCUGCUCUGUCUGCCAUACAUUUCUUACUUUCUAAGUUUUGAGAAUUUGGUGUUGUUUGAACAAAACCAUAUCCCCAGUUGAUAUUUUUCUUUCUUCUCAUCAUUUUUCUGAUUACAUUGCAUGAGGAGAGCCCCUUUUUGUCAUUUCUGAAAGUGGAAAGGUAGCCUGUUCCAGGCAUUCAGUUGGUAAAACAGAGUGCAAUAGUUAUUAAACAUUGCAAUAGAAGCAGUCAGCAAAAAUAAGAGGGAGGCCUGGGACUACUUGUGUGGUAAGCGUGAUCUGACCCAGCCCAUGCCUCCUCUUUGUUUGGUUCCACCAAUAAAAUUACUCCAGUUACAAUUGUGCUUCUUUUUACCAAGUAAGUGCCUGGAAUAAAAAACAAGUGAAAAGGUUAAUCAGAUGCUGUUUGAAUAAUUUCUUUUUUACUUAACUUGUUAAUUAAAGUUAUCGUGUCAAUUCAUUGCUACUCUGUAGGGGUUUUUAUUGAUACAUUGUUAUUUUCAGUGGCAGUCCAAUAGAUCGUCGCCCUCUAAGUCCAGCAUCUCUCGUAAAAUGUGAAGAUCUCUUGAUGCGACUGGCUCACUUUUACAAAUAUCACGGAAUCAACAUCAAAACAUGUUAUGCUGACUUUGAUAAGCACCAUAUUGGUGUUGUAACAGAGAGUCAGGUAAGCAAAGGGGUACCAAUUGAUUGAGAUGUGAACUGUUGCUUGCUGCUGGAAAAAGCGUUUCAAUCUAUUUCAUUGAAGAACUUUACUUUAUAGCAGUCUGCCACCAGUGUGAAACAUCAUGCCAAUCAUAAGAGUUUUCAAGCAUUUCUUAAAGAAGAAUGUCAUUGUUUAGGAGGCUAAAAAUAAUGUUGAUUAUCUAUCAAAACCACAAAAAUUUUCCGAGGUAGAGGUUCUUCCAACUGUAAUAUCUACUUACUCUGGAAAUCCUCACAGAGAACUCUCACUUUCUCUUUGUCUCAUGGUCCUUAACCCUUUAACUCUCAAGAUCUGAUUGUUAAUUCUCCCCUCUAGCUGCUACACAUUUCCUUGUAAAUUAGUUAUGAGAACCUGGUGCUAGAUCAAGAUAGCAGCUUCUACCUGAUAAGUUUGAAUAUUCUCAUUACCUGUUUACUGAAUAAUGUAUGGAUAUUGUAGGGAGAAGUUUUAUGUCAAUCACUUUUGGGAGUUAAAGGGUUAAAAGUUUUUUUAUUUCUUAUUCAAGAAGUUUACCUUCUUUCUAAUUACAACUUCAUCUACAUUGUUAAUCCUAACCAUACUAUAUACAGGACUGACUUGUUAAAUUAAAGUAUUCGAUAAGUUAUCAGUUGCUUAGUUGGUACAGCAGCAUCUGAAUACAAAGUCAGAACUGACGGGCCAGAUUUGAAUUACUUAAGGGAAGGAAACUUAAAAUUUUCCUUUCGUUACUUUCAAGCUUCAUCAGUCCGCUAUUAAGUGAAAAUAUAUAACCAGUUCAUUCUUUGCAGUUUUUCAGAAGUUUUCCGGGCUCUCCUGACAUCAUACACGAAGAGACAGUUCUGCUGGCCAAGAAGUACCGUGACUCCACCCGACCAGGCCUGUGUAACUACUAUAGCUUCCAUGAAGACAUUGAAAGAAUGCAAAAUGGUGAUUAUGUCCUUUUUGUUUAUGAACAUUCUGUCAUUCACUGUUAGUUCUGCUAGCAGACAAGGUAAAGUGAAUCCUCUAUUUUUUUUUUCUUGACCAUCCAAAAGGCUAAGAAGGGUUCAUAUCGCCAGCUUUGAUCUUAAGAUACGAGCAAACCCUCCUUUUCGGCCGAGCCCGUCGCGCAGUGAGCGUAUUUCUGUGUAACAAGCAGGGAAAACCUUCUUACACUAUAAGGUCGCUGAAAAAGUCCAGCAUCCGUUUUAGACGGUAACCUGUAUGUUAAGGCUUUUCUUUUUUUUGGAGCGGUACAAAAAAAGAGAAGGAUAUUAAAAACAAUAGCCUUCAUUUGUUGCGGAAAAUACUCGUAUAUUUGUCCUUGGACAUUGUCUGCUCCAAGAAAUACCGGAUAAUAUCACCUGGCAAAUAUCGGAGCAUAGUUUUGUACCAAAUGAAGGUUAACUUUGUACACACAUAAAGAGACCACUGUUGAAGGAGGAUGGAAACGUGUUACUGCAAUGGGAAGGGUAUUUGGUAUGGUAUGCCUGUACCUCACGACAGGAUACCUAAUGAUUUUGGAAGUUUUGCUGGUGAAAGCAACAGCAACGAAAUCAGGCCUAUGAACGGUCUGUUUAUGAGAUUUUUGAUCUAUAACUAAUAGCUCUUUGUUCUGGUCCGAUUUUAGCCUUGGCUGAAAAAGAGGACUUUACAAAGUACAUUCCAAAUCAAGACAUCAUUGAUGAUUCUGGAAAGGUAAUUGUUAAAACAUGUAGGAAUAGCUAAAAGGUCAUGUCAACGGUAGAGUCAUGUCAACGGUAGAGUGUCGCGAUUUUUUUUGAUUUUUUUUAUACAUUUAGCGAGCACAGAUUUUUUUGCAAUUUUUUCCGACGGAUCGAACACAAUCCACAAAAAAAUCUUCACCUUUCGAAGCCGACAACAAGAGACAUUUAUUAAAGGAAAGGGUUCUCCUAGCCAUGAUUUGUCAAAAUCAGUGACUUUGGUUUUGUCUUUCAGCGUCCCAGAACACCAUCUUUAGAGGAAAUAUUUGAGAAAAUUAGAGAGGCUGUCCACAAGAAUGGCAUCCGAACAACAGAGUUCUUUAAAGACCAUGAUAAGUUGAGAAGCGGAGAGAUCACUGAAAAUCAGGCAAGGAUCAAUUAACGUUGUAUUUUAAUAAACAGAUAAUUUGGUUUUGUCAACCGGGUUGAUAUGUAAAUUGGCCACCGCAAAGAGUUUGUAAAGUUGACGUUUCGAGCGUUAGCGCUUCGGCUUUUGCUCUGACGUAAUGGAGGGAAACCUCCAUAAAGAAUUUGUUCCGCCUUUCGGAAACGAAUUAAACUGGGGUAAACUUGUUGUACGUAAUGGGAAGAACCUGCUACGGUGGAGGAGAACCCGCAAUGAAAAAAUCCCCAGAUACCAUCCCAUAAUCAUGUGACUGAAACCAAACACUGUAAGGAAACAUUUUCUGUAACUGUACCAUUGCUAACCUUCUCCUCCCAAAGGAAGGCAUCCGUUGUACUGAAUUUACCUGGAAACGUCUUGGUUUUUUUAUUAUUAUUUCUGAUGACUUGUUACUGAGUUUAACAAAGUGCCGCGGCUAAAUCUCAAUUUUUUUGCCCUUCAACAGUUUAUUUGUGGCUUGAGUCUAUGUUGUGGGACACAAGCCAACUUGUCCCGUGACGAGAUACAGAAAAUAGUGGAGGUGUACCGCCAGUCCAAUGGGCGUGUUCGAUACAAGGAAUUCUGUGACAUCAUGGAGAAUGGUUAGUGAUCAAGACAAGUUUAAAUUGUACGAGUUACUAUAAAUUCAGAUUCCAUCUAUCCAAGCCCAUUGCUCCUCCUGGGGCAUAGGCCGUCAACAACAGUCCGCCAGAGAUCUUUGUUGUGGGCCAUCCUUUUUAAUUUGCUCCAUGAGUGGCUGGUGUUUCUGAUGUCAACCUCGAGGUCACGACACCAGGUGUUCCUUGGUCGCCCUCUCUUUCUCUUACCCUGGGAAUUCCAGAUUAGUGAGUAAAGAAAAAAAAGGGUCAGCUUCCCUUUAAUUCCAUGACCAAUCAAGCCUUUGGUCUGUAAUUUGAGUGUGACCUGAUUAAAGAACAGUUUGCGUGCUUUACACUAAAGAUCUCUAAUCAUUGAUUAUUCUUUUUACAUCCCUUUUACAGCUUUUACUGUCCCAGAUUUAGAAAAGAAACCAACAGUGGAAGUUUACCGACCACCAAUGGGUUCGCUGUCAAAGGUAUCGAUUAAUAGCGGAGCUUGCAGUGCGCGAAACGCACGCAGCGAAGCCCCAUGCUUAUCGUAAUGCUCUUUGACACAUGAAGAAGGUUACUGUGAGAGAAAGUUUUAUUUGAGGGUCGAAAGUAGCUUCUGUGAAUACUUUGGUUUUUGCUUACUUCAGCCUGUGAUUGGUGCAAAAAAAAUAAACACGCGCCUCUUCCGGCUAAUCAAAUGCGAACUAACACCAAUCGCUUCAUGAACAGUUUGUUUGUGGUCACUUCGAGUUCUGAUUGACUACUCGUGAAAUUUGUCUUCACUUUGAUUGGCUGUUAUGAUAACUUUGGUCUUGGUUUCACGACACUCAAAGCCCUCCGAAGUCCGAAUAUAAAGACGUUCGGAAUUGCAAUGGACGUCAUGAGCGUUCGGAAUCAUUAUGUCCAGUAAUACGAAAAGUUCUCGUUCCGUAUUCCUUUUUUGCCACAGUUUCUAAACAUACUCUUUUGUUGUCCGUUUUGUAGGCUCCUAAUCUGCUCUCUGCUCAAGAAGAGGCCAGAGUCAACGAAAUACUCAAGGAGAUUGCCGAGACAGUGAGGAAGCGAAGAUUGAUGGUGUAUCCUUAUUUCAAAGAUUUUGACAGGGUUAGUAAAUCUUUAUUGUUGACAGCUCUUCUUUUCGUAGUCUGCAGUGUGAACUCGUACAGUCAUCUCUACCAGCUUUCUAACUCUGUGAGUUCAAGAGGAAAUAGGGACUUAAAGAAAACCACGACGUCGAUAACAACUGAAAAGUGGCGAAAGCGUUAAUGAGCAGAAAAAUAGCUCUGCCCGUGCGUUAUAAAACCAGUAGGCACAUUUAAUUGCCUUCUACAGCAGAAGAAUAGCAUGAAAUUGCAACACUUUUACGUAAUGGGAGAACAAGAACCUCAUAUCAUUGACAUCGCUUCUACGACCAUAACGCUGCAUUAAAACGAUUGAAACGCCGAAGAGAAACAAAGGAACAUUUAUUAAUCGAGGCGCGGCCGCUGUGUUAAAAAAAAAAAUAGCACUCUUAUUUUAGAAUGUUUACCCUUUAUGAUGGAGUGGCCGCUCUCGUUGUUGAUUCUUUGUAUUUUGUUUGUUUGUUUAUAUCUGAUUGAAUUCUUCUGAAACAAAGAGCAAUUCUUAAAGUCUGCGGGAAAUGGUUGUAUCUACAAGCCAUAUCCAUCUUACUUUCGAUAACUUGUGUAGGGCUGUCAUUUUCACGUCGUUUUCCUUUCUGUCCUUUUCUCUACAGAGUAAAGGCUAUACUCGUGGCGUCACGAAACCUCAGUUUGCUAGAAUGCUUCAUUUCUUAUCCAUCACCGUGCAGCCACAAGAUUUAGCUGUAAGUCAUUCUUUUCCUUUUUGUCAUAUCAUUUUACUUCUACUUUAACUUGUAUUGUUGUUGUUGCCUGUUUCCUCAGAUUACCUUGUUUAGCAAUAUAGCACCGUUUACCCACGAAAUCUCACUGAAAAAAUAUUGGGUUUCCAAACCCAUCCCUUCCCUCCAUAUCUCACCUUCAUAAGCGAGUGCCCCCCUCUCCCUUCCCUCCAUAUCUCACCUCCGUAAGCGAGUGCCCCCCUCUCCCUUCCCUCCAUAUCUCACCUUCAUAAGCGAGUGCCCCCCUCUCCCUUCCCACCGAAAGUGAUUCUAAAUCUCAUUUCAAUCAACCCUCUUUUCCCCCUAAGAGAGACCACCAUCUAAUUCCUUCCAACAAUGUAACCCCUGAAUUACACAUUAAGGUCACAAAGGAAAUGAUCACCUACUAAAGAAGCUCAAAAAAUUCUCCUUGUCAGUUCUAUAGAAAACGUGCAAGGGACAGUGUGAAGAAUAUGUAUACUGAUAUUACUUUAAGGGUUAAUCAAAACGUAACCGAAAUAGGAAUUUGCAGACUCGCGAUAAAGAAUAUAAUGCACACUGAAUGAAGUUCAAAGCCAAUUUUUGUAAAUGAAUGGCAGUUUUUAGAAGUAAGCAACAAUAUCCUCUUCUUUUCCAGCUUUUGUGCAAAAAAUUUGAAUACCCUGUCGGAGGUGACAUCAACUAUUCAGCUUUCAUACAGUCCAUUGACUCUGGUGAGUGAGAGAAAUAUGAGUUAUUUUUUUCUUAAUGCUCGUUAAACUUAAUCAGCAAGACAUGUUAAACUUGUAUUCAGGAUUCCUCUUCGAAUAUGUGAUAUACCGAAAGAAUUGUGUUUUCAACUAGAAAAGUCUACGUGCCCAUCGAUGUUUAGUUUUUAGAAGAUGCAGGUGUCACAAACUCGGUGCGAGUACUCCUAUAGAAUAAUAUCUGGUGCAUGGGGUGGGUAUUGAGCAAAUCAACUGUUUUACUACAGUCUGGAAUUCAGGGUCUGGCCGAAAUAAGUUUUUCCUCUUAGUGGAAAUGGAUAGCGCAAGUCCUAUCUUCGCAAGAACGUGCUCAUAAAAUAUUAUAGCUCAUCUUGCUUUGUCUAUUGAAGUAAUCGGCACUAAAUCGCCUGCUUUUUGUUCAUGUAGUAGGUAUAGGUAGCUGGUCAAAGCAAAUAUAGAGCCAGUUUUACAUCAUCAUUUUACAACAUCAGUAUUAUUACUUCUCAAAACUGACCUGUUUCAUUCAUAGACAAGGCAGUUUUAUAGACUAGUUCUGAUAGAUGAAACGCGGCCUGAAAUUCAUCUCCCUUGUACUCGCGGAGUAAUUAUUAAUGAAUGAUGGUUUGAAGCACGCUCCGAUUAAAACUUCUGCGUAACAAUAAAUGAUACAUUCAUUCGUUCACUUAGAAUGAAAGACGAUUUCUUGAUGAACCCUUGAAUUUUCCUUCUCAGAGUACACCGGCACGGCGACCACCAUUUCAGACUUUGCACAAAAAGACAAGUAAGUUAAAGGGUUCUAUACAGUUUUACUAGGAAAUUCUCACUACGGCCUUUAGCUUAACUUUGUGGAGGACGCGCUGGCCUAGUGACUAGUGCGCAAGACUCCGGAUCGAUAAAUCUUUUUUCUAUUUGUUGCUAGUUGCCUGAUAUUUCUUGUUGUUUUUCCGGCUUUUAAUUUGUUGCGUAAGAAAACGCCUAAAGUGAUCGCGUUUCGACUGUCUAGUGCCAGUCCUCUUUCAAAUGAUAAAGUUGAUACAAGCAUACUGUCACGUAAGCUCAAAGGAUGUUGUUGAGGUCUACCAGUAAUAGCUUAGAGUCUCAUUCAGCUGGCGAAGCUCUGUUGUGUGAGCCACUUAAGUUGUAAUAAUUAACUUUUAAAAAAUUUCUAUAAAUCUGUCCCGUUGAUUUCCCUGUAGAACUCAGACUGAGAGCGAAGAACCUCAACCGUUAGAUUUGAGCACAGUUGACAGACAGGAGUUGAUUGAUCGCAUUAAACAUUACGUGCUUGUCAACAGACUUAGGGUGAGUUGAGUGCAGAAUCUGCCAGCUCCCUUGAUAUUUAGAGUUAUUUUAUUUUCAGCUUGUUUAAGAAUUUACACCCAUGAGUGAGAGACCUUUCAUUCUGACAGUUAGAUUUUUUGAAUGCCCCAUACGUUUCCCUCCUUCUGAUUGGUUUAAGUGGGUCACAUGACAACCACAUAGAUUUCCGCGGGGAGACUAGUAAGCAAUAGGAUUGGUUCAGAAAACUCUCGGAUAAUCGCCUAUGCUUAUGGGAUCAAGUUGGAUUGGAUUAAGUAUAUUUCUGUUUUUAGCUACAAAUCGCUACGUUAUUGUCCAGUUUUUGCUCUCGCGAUUAACCUGCACCUGCACAUUUUACAGAAAGAAUUGAGUUUAUAAUUAUUUUUUUUGAACAUGAAAGAACAACCAAAAUGCCAAGAACUGCCUGAUUCUUGAAAAUUGAAACGAGGCUCGCUCUCUUUUUGCUAAUCUGAUGACCCCGUACACUGGCUAAACAAAAUCUUACCAGACUAUUGAAUUUCUCCCUUCAUUCAAUAUCUUCACGCUCAAAAUGUUCCUACCGCAAAAAAUCACAAACAAAUGAUCAAACCACAUCCAAAAUAAAGCAAUCAACUUUUUGCGACAAAAACAACACUCCCAGUGCUCUCUUAUAAGCUAUCAAGCCAUUCAUACCAGUCAAAUAACACGAUAAUAAUAUUUUUACCUUAGACGUUAAAUAAUGGCUGGUCUCAUAUACUGAUUUUUUUUUUAAGGUGGAAGAGUUUUUCCAAGACUUUGACCCUUUGCGUCACGGUUCAAUCAGCAGGCCUCAGUUCAGGCGUUGUUUAAGUUUAAUGGGUCAACCCAACCUAACAGAUGAGCAGUUUGAAGUCCUCGCCCAGUACUACAAAGAUCCUAAGUUGCCCAGCAACGUUAAGUGGACAGGAUUCCUUACAGAUACAGAAAUGGGUGAAUAUUGAAUCCAGCUCAGACUUUGCGUGUUAGCCCUCGGUCAUUCGUGUGACGUGUAUAGUUUGUUAGGAAAGUUCAAAGAUCUUGUGCUUUUUUUAAGCACCUUAGCAGCCACGAAACUUUGUUUCACCGCUUAAUUUAAACCCCCCAGCCCCCAGCAUUUUCCUCUUUAACUUCAGCGACCUAUGUAUCCGUCCUCAAGGAUUAGUUAUGCCACUAAAUAUUUCCUGCGUAUUUUUCUGAUUCUCUUAUUUUCUAUCUUGUCUUAUCUCCCUCCCCCACACAACCAUGUAGUCUUUACAAGGCGUGGACUGGAGAAGACUCCUACAUACACAGUGCCUGCUAUGGAGACAUUUCAAAUGAGUAGGCCUGGGGCUGGUUCAGAAGAGCUUGAACAAGACGAAGAGGUCUUUCUGGAGCGAAUCAAGCAACGUAUGCGUCGGAAACUAACCGAGCAACGAAUUUUGUCCAAGCCGUGCUUUCAAGAUUUUGACAAGUGAGUUUAUUGUUCCACGCUCGUCUCACUUGAGUGUGGUAAACAUCUUUCUUUUAAUUAAUACGACUUGAAAACAUGAAUUUAAGAGACUAAAGUUGUAUGCUCAAAUGCGACCAAAAUCUGUCCCUUUGAUCAAAUGUAAACAUACAAGAGCUUGAAAUAGAAUAUUCCCAAAAAAAUUUGUAUACAGCUCGGUCGUUAAUCAGCAUCAAGUUUAUCAUUGACAAUUAUUUACCGAAGAAGAGGUGAAUAGUGUUAGAUACUAACUGGACAGCGGGGUAAAUAUCCACCACUUUCAUCGACACGGAGGAUUUUGGGGGAUCACACGGUUUUCAGGGGAACGGAGGGGGGGGGAAGGUCAGUCUUCGCAAACAUAGUCUAAAGGGCAGACUAUAGAAAAUUGUUUGCCAAUUACCUACUUACGAGGGGGGGGUCAUAUUACAGAGCUUUAUCGUGACUCAAACAAAAUCCAAUCGAAUGCGAGAAUCCAAUCGCUCUGACGAAGGGCUAACGCUCGAAACGUCAGCUUUUAAACUCUUUUCGGUGGCCAAUUUACGUUAUCAACUCAGUUGAUUAUACUAUAUUACCCUGUUGUACUCUCCCACCAACGCAGUACCACAGUUUCUUUAGAAACUAACCCCAUUUAUGUAACCAAAACCUCCUAACCCCACACCUCCCCUCUCCCCCUAACCCUUUUCAGGCGAUAAAAAAAUGACAGGUCCAUAGAAGUGUGAUUUACACAAACAGUUUCGACAGUAAAGUUUUGUUCUUGGUAUUCGCCUUCCAUUCAGUCGUUUUAAGCGCCCCCUGUCUUGUAUGAUUUUAAAGCAACACUUGAAGUCUUUUCAAAGCAAAUUAUGUUUCCCUUUUGUGACAGGCACAACAACGGUCACGUGACAAAGAUCCAGGCUAGUCAAUGUCUACACACGCUAGGCCUGACGGAUGUUCCCGAAGAAAUCAAGGUAACCAAAAGUCUAAGCCUUUUUUCUGCCCUAACCGCAGAUUACCUUAAAGUAUAAUUUCAAUUUACAACGGUGGUAAUAGCAGAGCUCGCAGCGUGUGUAGCGUGUGCAGCCAAGCUCCAUACUGAUCAGAAACGGUAUUAUGAUCAGUGUGCUGGAGUGAUAUCGAGCAGUUGUAGGUCGAUUCAUAUCCCGAGUGAUUAUGAUGUGCUCUGAAGAAAGGCACUCCGCUGCCAUAGUGCCUCUUUCAACUCAUGAGUAGAAAACCACGAGCACUGAAAAUAUCUUAAAUAUCCGACAGGAUGGUAAGAGAAGGAAACCCAUUUUAUCUCAUCCGGUUACUACAUGUUUUCAGGAUUAUUCGUCGAUAUUUUUAUCUUGUGGGAAUUUUAAAAAAUCCAUCGUUUAAUUUCGCAAUUUUUCUAAAAUCGUUUUUAGGUUCUCCAGAACAGAUACUCAGAUGAUAUUGGAUUCAACUAUAUUCAAUUCUUGGAUGAUCUUCAGGUAAAAAACGCAUGCUAUGGCAGCUUCCAAGUUAUUUUCCAUAAAGCGUCCGAAAACUGGGCCCAAACCAGAGAGAAAAAACCUGGAGAAAGAAAACGCAAUGAAAAUACCUGGUUUUCGGGCGGAGUGCGGGAAAUCUGUUAACCAGGGACUGGAUCGGGUUUUUAGUUGAACCAAUUCCACAGCGUAACUACUCCUCUUCCCAGCCGUCGUUUGGCCUCGUUAUGACCCUUUGAUGUCUUUAUAUGCAUUUUUUCUAAUCUUCUGUACCUGGCGAUCAUUUCCAAAAGGUUAAAGGAUUAAAAUGCAUCCAUGCUCGAUCUUCCUUAUCCCUUGUAGUUCAUCAUUGCCGCUCCGUCUUGUCUUUGCCAAACUGUGUAUUAUUGUGAAAACUUUUAUUUUAUAACUCGUCAUGUUCCAAACACGACCUAUGAUCGCCAUUCAUUUGUUUACAGCCGUCAGAACAACAAGAGUUGAAAUAUCUGCGGAGAUUGGAAGAACUAAAACUAACCAACCAGAAACAUUUGCCCGACUUGGGUGACGACAACAUCGAGAAGAUCAUGUAUAAAAUAAAAUGCCGUGUGAUGAAGGAACGAAUGAGACUGUCUGAGUUCUGCAAGGAUUACGACAAGCUGCGCACGGGAAGAAUACUUAAGACUGUAUUUCCCAGAGCCAUGGACCUAGCGUCACUUAAACUUACCAGGGUGGAAGUGGAACAGCUUAUGAACAGGUAUUGUGCAGAACUUUUUCUGAUUUAAAUUAUACUGUAAAUCCUGAAACUUGCACUUCCCUUAUAGUAAGCCAAACAUUUUCACCAGCACCCUACUCCCCCUCGAGUUAGCACCUCCCUCCCAGUAAGCUAAACAUUUUCACCAGCACUCUCCUCCCCUUAGAGUCAGCACUUCCCCUCUAGUAAGCCAAACCUUUUUACCAAACAUUUUCACCCUCCCCUCCUCCCCUAGAGCUAGCACCUCCCUUGUCUUUUAGUAAGCAUCCUACGUUUUUUCCAGCCAAACAUUUUCACAAGCACCCUACUCCCCCUAGAUUUAGCACCUCCCCUUUAGUAAGCCAAACCAUUUUACCAGCACUCUCCCCCCCCCUAGAGUUAGCACCUCCCCUAUAGUAAGCCAAACAUUUUUACCAGUACCCCUUUAGUAAGCCAAACAUUUUCACUAACACCCUCUCCCCCUCGAGUUAGCACUUUCCCUUUAGUAAGCUAAGCCUUAUCACCAGCACCCUACUCCCCCAUGAGUUAGCACAUCCCUUGAUAGUUUGAGGAUGUAUGAUAUUUACAAAAGCACUUACGCUAUCUAUUCAGCAGUUAGAUUCCAUGCUGCCGUGCGUCUGUUUACUAAUAAAUCACACAUGACGUUAAUAACAAAACGUGGCACACGAGAUGCAGCUGAGUGUGUCACUGAUGUACUUACCACAUUUUGACAUCUGCUGUGAUCUAUUAUUGUACAGACCCACGGAAACAUGGAAUCUGUUCGUUUUAUAUGAUAACCAAGGAAAAAUGUUGUUAGCCCUUUAACCCCUAAGAGUGACUAACAUCUAAUUUCUCUUCAUAAUAUCACCCCAGAAUCAAACAUUAAGAACCAACUAAAGAAGCUCGUGAUUGUUAAACAAAUUCUCCUCGUGAGCACUUAAGGAAAUGUAUUGAAAACGGUAUGGAGAAUGUUGAUACCAAUGUUAUGGUGCAAAGGGUCAAUGGUGAAGUGAUAUAUGCGUCUGUCCUCCAAUAGAUCAUUAGCAAGAACCGAUCAAAAUUGAUUCCAUAAUUCAGCUUAUCUUACAAAAGAUUGUGGACAGUGAUUUACAGGAAGUAUUUUUUUCCUCGUAUAGAUACACGGCUGUUGGAUAUCCGGAUUAUGUACAAUACACAGCAUUUGUGGAAGAAAUCGAGUCUAUCUUCACGCUGAGAGGUUUGUAUUGUUGUUCCUUUUUUUUUAAACCGAGAUGAAAUUUAUUUUUCAAUAUAUGAUCUUUAUAAUUAAAUCGUAAUUCCAAGGUUUUUGGCCAUCUGGAAUAGGUAUUGAGAAAUAGGGGUUUGUACAUCUUGAAAAUUAACCCAACACUUUUUAAGUAAAUCUUCCCAAGUAAAUCUUUCCAUCCUCGGCCUUUUUUUUCCAGUCUAUUCUGAUAUCUGUGGUGUUCGUCGUCCACAGAAAAGAAUUAUUUUUGAGUUUCAUACUAUCAUUAAGUUUUACUAUAAUCGCUGUAACAUCAAAUGUCCAUUCUAUGGAUGCUGUCACGCCGCCGAAAUUUUAGAGUCACUUUUAACUUUUUCACUUUAAUCUCCAUUCUCCGCAGACCUGGAGAAAGCACCCGAGAUUGUUCCGAUCCAGUUCCGACCUCAACCCGAAAACGAAUACUGCAAACUGUCUUUGGAGGAGGAGCAGGCCUUGGAACUAGUCAUGCACCGAUUGGCAGACCGCGUGCGCAAAUGCCGAAUUCAAAUUUUCCCGCUCUUUGAAGAUUACGACCGCGUGCACAACGGCACCGUCUCUCGUUCCCAAUUCCAUCGCGUUCUGAGCGAGCUGGACCUCGGAAGCCUUGUUAGUGCGAGGGAAUUUUUGGCCAUAAAGAAAAAAUUCGACGUGGUAUUAGGUUACAAACACGACUUUAACUACAUCGGUUUCUGCGACAUGAUCAACGACUUCGCUAAUUUCGAGUACGGAAAACCAUGAACUCAACUAGAUUUGCUUCAGUAAAACUGUUAUUUGCGUUGAAGGAAGAGGGAUGUUUUAUCUUCUCUUUGUAAAUAUGUUUUGCUUAGAUUUCCGAGUGUACAUGAAAAUUAUUUUAUUCAUAAAAUGUUUGAAAAUAAGUUCACGAUGUUAAAUCGGGAUACUCCGUACUUUAGCUCAAAGAUGCUUUCCAUAAAAUUGAAAUGACUGUACUUUGAUUCGUGAUUCCGUCUGAUUCAAAUAAAAUGACCUUUAU